AUGUCAAUUCAGAGCCAAGAUGAUUUCUUUAAAUUUGAAAAAUUGUGUAAAGAUUUCUAUUUAAUGCAUGAAGAUACAAUUAAAAUUGAUGAAGUUCUUCAUCAAUAUUUUUUAAAUCCAAAUUUUUUAAACGAAUAUAAGCAAAUUUUAACAUUUACAAAGAAUUCAUAUGUCGUAGCACAAGUAUUCAGAGGUUUAAUUAAAUGUGUAACUUCAUUUUGGACAUCUCUAACACCAACUCAAAAGACUGAUAUGAGUAAAUAUAUAGGUUAUAAUAAUAAUAGUAAUAAUAAUAAU